AUGGAAGGUUAUCUCUAUAAAAAAGAUGGUUUCUUCUCUGGGUGGGUUUAGUAUUACUUUAUUCUGCAUGAAGAUACAUUGAUAUAUCUGGAUAAAUAAGGAGGUAAGCCUCAAGGCUCGAUUCACAUGAAGAUCUCCAAGAUCUCAGGAGAUCAAAAAGAUCGUUUGUUGAUAUUGAUUUUUAAUGGAACUAAUGAGAUUUACUUAAGGGCCAAUUCGAUAAAAGAGAAAGUUGAGUGGACUAAUGCUCUUGUCAAUUGUUAGAAAUAGUGUCUAGAGGGAAGAUAUGAUCAGUUCAAAUAAAAGAAAUCUUCAAAUAAAGGAAGCAAAUAAGCUAGUCCAUUUAAAGACGCAGAUCAUGAUAGCUAAUCAGAGUCAAACGGCGAUAAUAAUACAAGAGCAAGUAAGGCAAAUGGUUUUGGUACAAACUGGUAUGAACAGCUAAAUCUUUAAUUCUGCUCUAAAAUGUUUAAAGCAGAUGGCCCUUUCUUUAUGAGACUAGGUUAGAUUUGGGAGCUUGAAGCUUAGGUUGAAGAGAUUGUUAGUUUAAUUAUACCUGAGGCCAAUAGAACAAAGAAUCCAUUAAUCCGAGAUUAUGCCUUAAAAAUUUCGCAAGCAAGUGAAUUAAUCAAGGAAAAAAUGACUGAGUGUGUCUAGGAGAUGGAGGAGACAAGAAAAGAAAUGUUUAAAGUAGCUAAGACAAUAGUGAAAAUGAAGGAUGAAUUCCUGACUGGAAAAGUAAGCUUAGGUGGAAUUCACUAAAACAAUCAAAGGAAAGGUUCAAGUAAUUCAAACUAGUCAUCCCCAACCAAAACUUAUGCCAAUCAUUACAAUGUAUCUGCGAACUCUCCAAUUAAAUUGAUUAACGAAUAGUUGAAUAGUAAUAGUAACUAAAAUCAACUCUACGAAAAUUAUUAGAAUGGAAGAAAUGAUAAUCAUUACUAUUAAGGUAGUCAUUUUUAAGAUGAUAGAAAUGGCUAUACUACAUAAGGUGGAGGUAUUAAUGGGACUAUGAGUUUAAUUUAAACCUAAAAAGUUGCAGGAUCUCUUCUGACACAUGAAAAUUACUAGAAUAAUCAUGUAUUUGGUAGUGCAAAUAAAGCACAGAGAACAAGUUAGCUCAAUCAACUAUUUGAGGAAGAAAAGAAUUAGCAUCAAAUGAUCUAAUAGUAGAAUACAAAUUUUGCGGUCCCCCGUAAUCUUAUGAAUAGUCUUGAGAAAGGAUUAGUGAUGGGUUAUGGAGGUAUUCCCAUUUCUUAUACAAUGAAAACGAGAGAUAAACUACCAGCCUUAACUCCUGAGAAUCAAAGUUUCAGUAUUUGGGCUAUAUUAAAAUCUGCAAUAGGAAAAGAUCUGGGCAAAGUAACAAUGCCUAUCUGGCUUAACGAGCCAAUAUCAAUGCUUUAGAAAAUCUCUGAGUUAAUGCAUUACCAUGAGAUAAUGGAUAAAGCUAUGACAUUUUAGGAUGAUUGCAAAAAGUUAGGGUAUAUUUCAAUGUUCUUGAUGACCCAAUAUUCUGAUGUCUAUAAAAGAACUAGAAAGCCUUUUAAUCCUAUUCUAGGAGAGACUUAUGAGCUUAUCUAGCCUAAUUAUAGAUUUUUUUGUGAAUAAGUAUCUCAUCACCCUCCCAUAUCAGCAUUUUAUGCUGAAGGAAAAGGCUAUUAUACAUACGGAAACACAAAUGUAAAAAAUUCCUUUAAAGCUACAUCUCUUGAGUUUAAGGCUAUUGGUCUGUAACAUAUGAUUCUCACAGAGGGUAAUGAACAUAUUAUAAUAAAAAGGCCAGAUAAUUCUGCUAACAAUCUUGUGGUUGGAACUUUAUAUGUAGAUGUUCAUGGUAAAUUAGAAGUCAUAAAUAUUACCAAGAAUAUUAAAUGUAUCUUAACUAUUCAUAGAAGAGGAUGGAGAAGUACAAAUGAUUACAAGGUUGAAGGGUUCGUUACAGAUCAAUUUGGCAAGAACAGAUUUUAAGUAGAUGGGCUCUGGAAUGAAAAAUAUAGCAUAACAGAUCUAUAAACCAAUUAGGUUGAAGAAGUUUUCUAGGCUGAACCAAAGCCACCUCUUAGUGAUAGAUAAUAUGGAUUUGGAUAUUACACUAUUAACCUAAACAAUAUUGAUGAUCAUAUGAAGAAAACAUUACCUCCUACUGACACAAGAAGGAGACCAGAUUAAAGAUUCAUGGAGGAGGGUAAUUAUGAUAUGGCUGCAGAAGAAAAACACAGACUUGAGGAGAAAUAGAGAGUAGUCAGAAAGCGAAGAGAAGAUAAAUAAAUUUUACAUAAGCCAGCUUACUUUAAGGAAGUUGAUGAUGAGCAUUGUGGAGAAAAAGCUUAUGUUUAUUUGGGCAAUUACUGGGAAAAAAGAAAGAAAAUGGAUUAUGUGGAUUGUCCAGACCUUUUUUGA